GUUUUCUUCAUUCACCUGUGCGCUUUGGACACAGCACUUGGAUUCAAGGACACUGUCACUUGGGACCUCUGGACUUUGCACUACCCCUUCCCUUGCACAUUUUUGAGUCACGUUUGGAAUAAUCUUUUUGUACACGUAUCCUUCCUGUCUGAGUCGUGCUUUUGGGUCCAGAUUUGGUACUAGCCGUAACAGUCAUUAAACCAAAGUGAAAGAAUGGAUCAUUUGCUGAUUUUUCAAAAAAAAUCCCAAAUCAAGUUGAAACACAAAACUGCAUGCACUGUUAAAAUGAACUUGGUGGUGUAGUAAAAUAUACUAAUUGAACUGUCUACAAUAAAAUGUUAAGUUUCAGCGGGAACUAGAUUUUGUCAAGUAAAAUUACAUGUAUGUACACAAUUUAUUCAUGUGUUGAAAAUGACUGUGUGGAAGGAGUAAGUCUUAUUAUGGAUUUUCUCAUACCAUUUAAAUGUUUUUUAGUCCCUGCUAGAAACACUAAAAUACUGAGUAAAUUUUACAACACAAUUUUAGAGUGCGUUUGAAUCAGCGCAUGCGCCUUGGGACAAACGAAAGUACCGCGCAGACGUCCGUUGGCAGACAGAGUUGUGAAUAUCUCCGGAAUCUCUCAGGAGGCAGAACAGUUUUUGUAUUUAGCUGGCCGGGACAAGAGGUGACCAGAGGGAGUCAGGAGAGCUGGGCUGUUCAGUGACUGAUCAAACAUUGCACCGCCCUAGUCAUGUAUGCAUGACACAAUAUUUAUCUUAAACACCAUAUCUGCUUAUCAAACUAGUUCUGCUGGACCAAGGCUAUAAGGAUGUCAGCCCCUGCCCAGCUACGAGUUAUAAUCGAAGAGACUAAAAUUCAUAAGUUACCCCUACCAGGUGGGAUUCCUUGUACAGUAGAAGAACUUUUGGCCACUGCACAGGAUCAUUUUAAUCUACAAGGGAGUUUUACUGUUAUGUACAUGGACAAAGACUUUGAUAACCAAUUUUUCACUCUAACAUCAACUGAUAUUGUUCAGGACAAAGACACAAUCAAACUGGUUCAAAGUGAACCUUCUGUUCUUCUCACAUCGACCCCCAUCAAUGAACCUGCUGCGUCCUCCACUCCCGAGUCCAUGACUCUGUCUUUCCUGGAUGACAAUUCCUCGGUUAGCUCAUCUGACACCAUCAUUCUACCACAGCCACCAGAGCAUCUAUCAGAACCUUGGCCAACUAAUUUUGUGAUACCCACCUUUUCAUUUAAUGUUGAAAUCCUCCUUCAAGCAGGAAAUGUGGCUUAUGAAAAUGAUGGCUCCCUCAUUCAGAAUCCAAGCAUGAACUCUGACAUACUUGAGAAACUUGCCGACGAAAUAUUUCAGUUCACUGCCUAGCCUACUGGUCCUCAAAUAUUGGCAGUUGUAGAAGCUCUGUUAAAAAAGCAUCCAUGCCUUAGAGAGCCUGGCACCUCAUUUUCAGGCAUGUACGGGUGGCAGCAGUGCCUGAAAUACAAGAUGGCUAAUUACCAUUCCAAAAUGAGAAGACGUGAAGUACCUUGUCCUGAGCUUGAUAUCAACUCCUUAAAAAGGAAAUCCCCUGGUGAGAAAAAUCCUGCAAAAAAUUGCAAGAGACCAAAGAGGGCCGAGGUCAACUACCUUCCUCCACACCCAAGUGGAGAAAGUACGGACAGUCUUGAGAUGGAGAGACAGCAGCUUCUUAAGGAAGUAAAGAUCAGGAACAAUGCUAAGAUCAAGGAGGAGUUUCGGAGAAUCACUACAAUUUCUCUAGAGCAAAGCUUCAUGUACAAACUUGACCACUAUACACCAAAGCUUACUGCCCUGAUGAAAGCCAAGGGAGGUGUUGUGGGGACCAGGCUGAGGCCCCAUCUGGAUAAACUGAGUCAGAACCCAAGCACUGACAUGAGACGUGACGCAGUUAUCCGUGGCCUCAUACUAUACCUUGGUGAGAAAUUAGAGGAACUUUUCGAAGAUUGCCUGGAGGACAAUCGCAGUGAUGCCACUCACCACAUAGUCAAGAUCCUGGUCGUCCAUGGUACUGAUGGAGAAGAACCAGUAGAUGUUUCCAUCCUUCUUGAAGGGAAGGAGGUAUUGACAGGAUGCAGCAGCACAGCCAAAGCUUGCACGUUGCUUAUGGGACUGAUUUAUGCCCUCAACCUUGCAUACCCCUCUGCUCUGCGCUACACCUUUGAGGUGUUUCAGAAACUUUUCCUGGAACUGAAUGGGAUAAAGCUGUCACCAAAAGUACAUGCUUUGAAGUUGAAGUUGCUGUCCAGGAGGUACACAGUGCAGUCUAAUGGCUAACAAGAUGUUAGGAGUUUUCUUUCUUAAAUGUUCCUAAUUUUGUUGUCAACCAAGGCGACUGCUGUCAUUCAUGUUCACAAGGUAAAGAAAAAGUUAAAAUUGUAUUCUUUGUCUAGUAAAUUUUUAAUCAAGGUUUUAACAGAGGAUUUGAUGUUGUACUCAACCUGUUUUGGGGUGCUUUAUGUUUUAACCGAAUGCUCAUAUAAAUAUGUUAAUGGUAAUGUUGUGGUUUAGAAUGUUGUUCAUGUCAGUACAGCAUAUUUUGUCAGGUCAAACCCUCAUAAUCUGUUUUUGUCAUCUGAUGUGCCCUUAAUUUUAUGCUUCCAGGGGUCAAAAACAUUUUGAGUUUCCAGUGAUAUGCAUUUUAUUUUCUGUAGAGCAUAAUGAUCACUCAGUAAAGGUAAACAUUUUUUGUUUAUUGAUGCCUAUCAGCAUUUACUGCUGCUGAGAUUUUAUUUCAAUUUUGUCAUGUGAAAUGUUAGCACAAUGUACAAUUCUACACGGCUGUUGUAAAAAUGAGGUGUUACAUUAGGUACCUGACAAAUGUUUAUAAAUAGAAUUGUAUUUUAGCUCUGUGAUUAUUAAUAGUAUUUGGUAAUAUUUAUCAAAAGACAAUUUGCAACAUUUACA